UGAGUUAUUGUGCCCCUUGACCAAAAACACAAAAUGGCGUCCGGGGAAGAUGACUACGAUAUUGAUGCUUUGACAGAGAAACUGAAGGCUUUUGCUCUUGCUCAGAUAAAGACCACUGCCAAGAUGGACAGUAAGACAGUGGGAAAAGUAGCCAAGGAAUGCUGGCCCAAACCCCUACAAACCAGGGUGGACUCCAGUGUUUUCCCCAAAGUUAUGGACAAAACUACCAAGUCUAUAAAUCUUGAUAAUAAGGAUCAAAUCAGAAAGUUCAUAUCGGAAGCUGCCAUUCAGUAUGAUGACGUCACCAAGAAAACAAAAGAGUUCAAGAAACAUGAGAAGUUUCUGGCCGAGAAGAUAAUUGGAUCUGGUACAGGAAUAAAACAAACGGAAAUUUCCAAAACCGGGGGAGUUGACCGUAUGACGGACACCUCCAAAUACACUGGGUCUCACAAGGAGAGGUUUGACGAAUCUGGAAAGGGCAAGGGCAAAGAAGGUCGUGUAGAUAAGGUAGACGACUCUGGAUAUGUGGGGAAUUACAAAGAUCAGGGGACUUAUGACAAAAAGCACUGAUCUUCGCUGUCGCCAUGCGUGUCUUAUUCUCUCUUUUAAAUCUAAUGUUUUAAUGUACAUGAUUUAUACUUCCCAUUUUUAAUAUACACUGUAUGUAGAUUUUUCAUAUCUUGCAGAUGUUUAGUAAUGUUGUACUGGUUUUUCUACUGUUUUUCCCCUUAUCUUUACAGUCUAUGAUGGUCGUUACAACGGAGUAAAAUUAAGUGAAUGAAAGAAAGAUUGUAUUUGUGCAAUAAGAUUCUCUUAAGUCUUAAGAAACUAAAUGGCAAUAAUCAAAAUCCAAACGUGCUAAAGUCAGUGGUUGUUUGUCGUAAUGAAAUAUUUGCAUGAAAUAAAAUCGUUUUUAUA